CCUACAGCUAACAUCAUUCUCAACAGUGAAAAAAAGUUGAAAGCAUUCCACUCUCACUACUUUUAUUCAACAUAUUGAAUAAAUCUCCUAGCCAGGACAGAGGAGAUACAACGAAGCUGGAUUUUAGUGAGCAAACUGAUGGAAAAGUGUAUAGAAGAUUUAAUAGGAGAGCUAGUUGGCAGUUUUACCAGUUAGGAAUUCAACAGACCUCAGGAAGAAAAGGGAGAAGAAAUCACACCAUUUUGCUUUCCCUGAGGUAUACUAUUCGACUGUAAGAACAGUGCUAAUUCAGAGCAGAUAAAUCAACCCAAACACCAUUUUCUAAUGUUCAUUUAGUUAAUGGAUUUAUCUAAAAAGACCCUUUAUCUUAGGGAACAGACUUUACCAACAUAGCAUUUUCUUUUUAGGAUCCCCUUUUGUAAAAUUAGAAACGAACUCAAUGAAUGUUCCGUAUAUUUUACUGCCAUGACAUUUAAAUAUGUUUUUCCUCCAGGAAAUUUUCAAACUGAUCUCUUUCUUCCCAGGUACCUCCAGAUCAUCAGUUACUCGAUGUAAACCUGGAGCCAACUGCCCCAGUUCACACAGUAGCAUCAGCAGACAACUGUCCCCUCUCUCUGUCACAGAAGAUUCCUCUGCUGCUAUUCUUGAACUUCAGAGUCGAGGAUCCUCUGGAGUUUGUGGACACAGAGCUGAGAGGCAAAACAGAUCAGGGGAUGAUGGAGCACAGACUCAUCCUGAGAACAGCAGCCAAGAAAACAGAAUCAAGGCUCGCUGCCUGUCCUGCAUGUCCAUGGUUCUGAAGGCUGUCUGGGGACUUUUGAUCAUCUUGUCAGUGUCAUCAUCUUGGGUUGGAACCACACAGAUUGUAAAAAUUACUUAUAAGAACUUCUACUGUCCAUUUUUCAUGACUUGGUUUUCAACAAACUGGAACAUUAUGUUUUUCCCAGUCUAUUAUUCUGGUCAUCUGGCCACUGCUCAAGAAAAACAAUCUCCAAUGAAAAAAUUCAGGGAAUGCAGUCGAAUUUUUGGUGAAGAUGGUCUGACCUUGAAGCUCUUUCUUAAAAGAACUGCUCCCUUUUCUAUUCUGUGGACUUUGACUAAUUACCUGUAUUUACUGGCUUUAAAGAAGCUGACAGCCACGGAUGUCUCUGCUCUGUUCUGUUGUAACAAAGCCUUUGUCUUCUUGCUGUCAUGGAUCGUGCUGAAAGACAGGUUCAUGGGAGUGAGGAUAGUUGCCGCAAUAAUGGCAAUCACUGGCAUCGUGAUGAUGGCAUAUGCAGAUAACUUCCACGCCGAUUCUAUCAUAGGAGUGGCAUUUGCCGUGGGCUCAGCCUCAACAUCUGCACUGUAUAAGGUUUUGUUUAAGAUGUUUCUUGGAAGUGCUAACUUUGGUGAGGCAGCACACUUUGUCUCCACGUUGGGUUUCUUCAAUUUAAUCUUCAUCUCCUUCACCCCAGUCAUCCUGUAUUUCACCAAGGUGGAGCACUGGUCCUCGUUUGCAGCUCUGCCAUGGGGCUGUCUCUGCGGGAUGGCAGGGCUCUGGCUGGCCUUCAACAUCCUGGUGAAUGUUGGUGUGGUGCUGACGUACCCAAUCCUCAUCUCUAUUGGGACAGUGCUCAGCGUUCCUGGAAAUGCAGCUGUGGAUCUCCUGAAGCAGGAGGUGAUAUUCAAUGUCGUCCGCCUGGCUGCUACCAUCAUCAUCUGCAUUGGGUUUCUGCUGAUGCUCUUGCCUGAGGAGUGGGACGAAAUUACCCUGAGAUUCAUCAACAGCCUAAAGGAAAAGAAGAGCGAGGAGCACGUGGAUGACAUCACCGAUUCCAGUGUCCACCUGCGAAGCAGAAGCAGGGCCAAUGGGACCGUGUCCAUACCACUGGCUUAAGGAGGGACACAUUUGGAAUGCACGUGUAUGUAUAUUCUGUGAAUAUAAUAGAAUUUUCUCACUACCUGUACACUCAAACUCUGAAUUUGGAUAAGUUAUGUGUGGAAUAAUGCCAACAGAAAAGUUUACAUUUAUAUGCUUAUCAAGGAACUGGUGUAAAUAGUCAUAAUAAAUUUUUUAUUAAAACAUAUUCAUCCU